AUGGUCAUUCGGGCCGAGAUUGCCGACUACGAUGUAGGGUCGGGUACUGAUCGACACCGGGAGUUCGGUGAACGUAAUUUUUGCCAAUGCAUUCAAGGGACUGGGAAUUGCCGACAGCAUGGUCAAUCGGCAAAUAAUGCCCCUCCUCAGUUUUUCUGGGGAUCUGGUCUAGCCCAUCGGCAGUAUCAGUCUACCUGUCGCCUUCGGUGUCGCCCCCAGGAAGACAAUGACCUACGACCAAUUCCUCAUUGUCGAUUGCCCAACGGCAUACAACGUCAUCAUUGGGCGCACGACACUCACCAGGGUCAAAGCCCACUUAUCCCCCCACAUGUUGCUUGCAAACCGCCAAUGGAAGCCAUGACCGUGCAGGGACUACCGAACGGUAGCGGACCCAUUGAUGACCCCAGGGAGGAAACGCCAACACCAGUGGCGCAGCCUGCCGAAGAGCUCGAAACCGUGGUCCUAAACGAGGAUUUCCCCGAUCGGUGGGUAAAGAUCGGCACCAACCUAGAUCCCGACCUUCGAAGACAGUUCAUCGACUUCUUACGGCAACAGGCGGAGGUCUUCGCCUGGUUUUAUGACGAUAUGCCCGACAUAUCACCUGACGUCAUCAGCCACAAGCUCAGCAUCUCCACGGCCCACAAACCGGUCAGACAGAAGCGCCGCUCGUACGAUGCCGAACGGUACGAGGCGAUGUGUGCCGAAGUUGACAAGCUCAAAGCCAUCGGCUUUAUCAGGGAAGCUACGUACCCUGUCUGGCUUGCCAACUCAGUCAUGGUUCGGAAGGCCAAAGGAGGAUGGCGGAUGUGUUAG